AGGCUCCUCUCGGUGCCUGCCCCGCUUUCACCCCGCUGUAAGCGGUGACGGUGAGGCCGGGCGGGGCCUUCGGCGGCCCCGGAAGCAGAGCACCGGUCAGGCUCGGCCGCUGACAGGGCCCGGCGCGGCCCUGGCUCUGGCUGCCGGUGCCGCGUUGCGAGGCUUCGCUACGGCGGGUUUGAUUCUUAGUGUGGCGGCGCCCGGCGCUCGCAGACCACCCAGAAGACACGAUGAGUGUUAAAGCUUUCAAGCUCGUCUCUGCUGUUGAGCGGGAGAUGUUAAUGGGAGACAAAAAUCACAUCAACAUCGAAUGCAUUGAGUGUUGUGGAAAGAACCUCUAUAUUGGAACCAACGACUGCUUUAUCUAUCACUUUAUAUUGGAUGAGAAGGUAUCGACAUCUGGAAAAAUAACUUUUGCAGCCACCAAGCAACUGCAUAAAUACCUGGGCUUCAAGAAGCCCGUGAGUGAGUUGAAAGCAGCCUCUGCACUCACCAGGCUUCUUGUGCUUUGUGAUAACACAAUAACACUAGUUAAUAUGAUGAACUUGGAACCUGUUCCCACUGGCGCUAGAAUCAAAGGAGCUGUGACAUUCACAUUAAAUGAGAAUCCUGUGAGUGGGGACCCUUUCUGCGUUGAAGUCUGCAUUAUCUCAGUCAAGCGACGGACCAUUCAAAUGUUCAUGGUGUUUGAAGACAGGGUCCAGAUAGUGAAGGAAGUGGUUACCCCGGAGCAACCCUGUGCUGUGGCUGUAGAUGGUUACUACUUAUGUCUUGCACUUACUACACAGUAUAUAAUAUUGAAUUAUAAUACUGGAAUCUCCCAGGAUCUGUUUCCCUACUGCAGCGAUGAGAAACGGCCCAUUGUGAAAAGAAUAGGCAGACAAGAGUUCCUGUUGGCUGGUCCUGGAGGGCUAGGCUUCUUUCUUUUUCUAGGCAUGUUUGCAACUGUAGAUGGCAUUUCACAGCGUGCUCCCGUGCACUGGUCGGAGAACGUGAUUGGAGCUGCUUUGUGCUUUCCCUAUGUGGUUGCUCUGGAUGAGGAGUUCAUUACUGUGCACAGCAUGCUGGACCAGCAGCAAAAGCAAACCCUGCCAUUUAAAGAAGGUCAUAUUCUACAGGACUUUGAAGGCAAAGUGAUUGUUGCUACUAAUAAGGGCGUGUAUAUCAUGGUACCGCUGCCUUUGGAAAAGCAGAUUCAGGAUCUUCUAGCUAGCCACAGGGUGGAAGAAGCCCUCGUUCUAGCAAAAGGAGCUCGAAGGAAUAUUCCAAAAGAGAAAUUUCAGGUAAUGUACAAACGAAUCUUGCAGCAAGCAGGUUUUAUACAGUUUGCACAGCUUCAGUUCCUUGAAGCAAAAGAACUCUUCAGAAGCGGCCAGCUUGAUGUCCGGGAGCUGAUCUCUCUCUACCCCUUCCUGUUGCCUACUUCCUCUUCAUUUAUACGGUCUCAUCCUCCGCUGCAUGAAUAUGCUGACCUAAACCAGCUGACGCAAGGGGACCAGGAGAAGAUGAUCAAAUGCAAACGAUUCCUCAUGAGUUACUUGAAUGAAGUCCGCAGCACUGAGGUUGCAAAUGGCUACAAGGAAGAUAUCGACACGGCCUUACUUAAGUUAUAUGCAGAGGCAAAUCAUGAAAGUCUGCUGGAUCUGCUGGUUUCAGAGAACUUUUGUCUUCUAACAGAUAGCGCUGCCUGGCUGGAAAAGCACAAAAAGUAUUUUGCCCUUGGUCUUCUGUAUCACUACAAUGGUCAAGAUGCCGCAGCACUUCAGUUAUGGGUGCAAAUAGUUGAUGGAGACAUCGAAGACUCUACACGUUCAGAUCUGUAUGAAUAUGUAGUAGACUUCCUGACAUUCUGCUCAGACCAGGAUCUGGUGUGGAAAUACUCUGAAUGGGUUUUACAAAAAAAUGAAGAGGUUGGAGUGCAGAUUUUCACUAAAAGACCUUUGGAAGAACAAGAGAAAAACAACAUUGAUCCAGAUGAUAUCAUCAGUUGCCUUAACAAAUAUCCUAAAGCACGUAUUAAGUAUCUAGAGCAUCUUGUAUUGGAAAGAAAAAUAGAGAAAGAAAAGUACCACACUCAUCUAGCUGCCUUGUAUUUGGAGGCGAUACUUCAUCUAAAAUCUGGGACCACAGAUAACUGUAUGGAAACAAUUGAACUGCUGUUGAAACUACGCAGCCUUCUUCAGAAAUCUGAUCUUUAUAGGAUUCACUUUAUUUUGGACAAAAUCCGUGGCACAGACCUUCACAUGGAAAGUGCAAUUUUAUAUGGAAAACUAGAAGAACACGAGAAGGCUUUGCAUAUCCUUGUUCAUGAGUUAAAGGACUUCCGUGCUGCUGAAGAAUACUGUAUAUGGAACUCUGAGAACAGAGAUCUACCGUACAGACGGAGGCUCUUCCAUAUGCUGCUGUCAGUAUAUCUGAAUCCAGACACUUCGGAUUGUGCACUCGUCACGGCUGCUGUAGAUCUCUUGAAUAACCACGCUGCUGAGUUUGAUGCAGCUCUGGUUUUGCAGCUGGUGCCUGACAGCUGGUCAGUGCAGCUCCUCUCCCCAUUCCUGGCUGGAGCGGUGAGGCAAAGCAUUCAUACAAAAAGAAUGACUCAGGUUGCACUUGGGUUAGCACAAGCCGAAAACUUGAUCUACAAAUAUGAGAAGGUCAAACAUAAAGGAACUCCAAUUCUCCUUUCGGACAAAAAGGUCUGUCAGGUGUGCCAAAAUCCUUUCUGUGAGCCCGCAUUUGUAAGAUACCCAAAUGGGGGUAUGGUCCACACACACUGUGCUGCAAACAGACAUCUGAACUCAAAUGUGACUCCUUGCUCUUCCAGCUCCAGCAGUGAGACUUGAAAUAUGUUCCAGGUUCCAGAGGUUCCCAUGACUUAUAUCACACUGAAAGUGGACUGAAAAAUUGAAAGAAACCAAGUGCAGCUACUUUAAGCAUAAAUCAAGAUGAACAGAUAGUUAUUGGGUUAAUGGGAAGACUUAAGUAUAAAAUAUGGCCAAUUGCCUCUCGGUUUCUAAUGAAUGUAAAUAGAGGGGAAAAAAAAUCACUACCAGAAAUGGAGAGGUGCAAAUAUAGACUUCUGUAUAUAGUAAUAAGCAGUCAAAGAAAGUGAGCCUUUUUUUCCACAGUGAGGACUAAUGUUACGGAGACAAGGUAAACCAUUAUUUUCAGAAAUGUCACUUUGCACUGAAUGUGGUGUUGAUACAUUUGUAGAGGUGGAGAUGGUAUCUAUUGGAGUAGGAAUUCUUGGAGCAUUGCACAAGACUGCCAACGUGCAGCUGACUGUCAGGACAGAAACACUUUGCUCAUGAUGUUUGCUGCAGCACAUCCUCAUUUGGGCUGGAUUCUCUUCCCCAGGAUCAAUAAUGAACGUGUUCUUUGCUCUACAAGUUGUUGGCUUUUGCACUUUUUCGUACUCUUAUUUCCUUCCUCUCUCCUCUGCUGUAUAGAAUUUAAACUUAAGCGCUAGCCCGAUAAUUUUCUGCUCCUAUCGUUACUGUAGUAAACUGAGUGGAAACUGAUAGACUUGGUCACACAGCUGCGCGUGGAUGAAGAAAUGAAGUCAGAUUACCUGGUCAGACUGUAGUCACUUUUUUAUGGGAAAAGAAACUUUUAAUAUUGGUUUAUUUAUUAAUAUGCAAAUAUACUGUACAUACAGUUGAAUACAUUUAUCUUAUAUCAUCAUGGAGGAUAAAGGAUGUAGCUGAUGUGGGAGUGUGUAGGUUAUGUGCUUAAAUGUUUGUUAUAACUUAAGCAGACUGAAACUCAACAAGAAUGGGUAUUAAUACCUGUGGAUUACUUAGUGCAAUCAUGGGAAGGUGGCAUAACUGGGAAGAAAUCUUCUAAGGUGCACUACAGAGAUAUUGGAUUUGUUGUGUUCUACAAAAUGUUCUGUAAACUACAGUUUUCCAGACAGCAGCAAAACUUGUACUGAAUAAGCACGAUAAAUCAUUCAACCAUUUUAAAGCAGUUGAUGGGCUGCUUCCCACAAGAGAGGCUCAAAAACAGUAGCUCAAAUAAAAUAGUAUUUCAAAGUGAAAGCUCAAUGCAGCUGAGAGUGCCAGUAGAGCUGAUUACUGCUUUAGUGUUCCAAACCAGAGCUGAGUCUUUCAGCAGGGCAGGUUAUUUGCGUGGUAGCAUCUGGAUGUGGGCUUGGAAGAGAUCUCCUGUUACAGAAACAUCGGCUUAUGGAACAGCUUUUUCAACACCAGAAAUGGGCAACCAAGACUACAUGUGGGGGGGUUGGAGGGGAGUAUCCAUUUCUUUGUCUUGAAAGUAAAAGUCAUUUGGAUCUUUGCUGAGUCAGAAUUCAGUAGUGCUGUUGUAUUGAGUUUUAAAGAAAGUAAUUAAGUUUUGCAGCUCCUUCUGCUCAGACAUGAAAGACAAACUUAAUGAAAAGCACCUUCCGAAAGGCGUUCUCUCAUUUCUGAGUUGUGGUACGAGUGAUCCUCCUGUGUAGCCUUGGUAUGAGCAGGUUCUGUGUCUCAUAUUUCUGAUUUCUGAGCAACCUGUGUACAAACAGCAAUGAGAAAUUUCUAGUUCCACGUCUUCAAAACAGUUGCAGGUAGGGGCGGAGGCUUUACAAAGAUUGGAGAAGCCAGUUGUGUUCAUUGGCGUGCUGCUUAUAGAUACUUCCUUUUGCUGUGAGCAUCCUCAGUGUGCUCUUUGUUUCUGUCUUAUAGGGAGGUAAUGAAGCAGACGUCACUCUCUGAGCUUAAGGUGUUCAGACCAUGAGGUAGUGAUGAGCUCUGUCAACUCGUGUUGCAAUGGAAUAGAGAUCAUAUUAUUCGGAUUACAUCAAAACAAUUAAUUAUUAUGGUGUGAAAAGAUACAUCAGUAAAAUACGUAAGGAUUAUUAAUAAAGAUUUUCUUCAGGGUUUUACUUUUGAUUUAAAAUAUAGCAGAAACAAAUACAUGAAUAGGAGCAAUGCUAAGGUAGCAGAUUUGCAAUCACAGAUGACCAAGAAGGCAAUUAAUGUUUAAUUUGGGAGAUUGGAUCCUUUUAGUUCUCCAGGAACGUGGAGUGGAAAAACACUAACAUUUGUUUAUGCAUUUUCACCUGUUGGGUUUUUUUUUCUUCUUUCAGUAAAAUUGUGUGUUAUGACUCGUGUGGAUGAGUUAAUGUGUAAGUCCCUCAGAAGUAAAAUGAAAAAGCAAAAGCAGAGUUAUGAGGCUGAGGUAGGGCCUUAGGAGCGCUGUGGCGGGUGAGCGGUGCUGUUGUAGCGAGUGUACAGCACUUCAGCACCAGGGAUAACGCUCAACCAGGGGAGAUGGUAGCCCGUGUCAGGGUGGUGUGUGUUAUCCUCUGUUUUAUAGCCAGGAAAUACAUGAAAGUGUGUGCACUGAAGUGCCCUUUGGCAGGGCAACCACUACACCUGUCAGGCUCUGGAAGGUUAAGCUUGAUGUGAUCUUUAGGAGUUCUUAGACCUGCCCUUGGAGAAGAGAGAUUCAGUCAGAAUAUUUUUUCUUUAUGCAGCUGUUGAUAAGGUUAAAAAGAAGUGUGUGUGUGUGUGUUAUAUACAUAUGUAUGUGUUUAUAUAUACAUAUAUUGUGGGUCAUCAUGUGAUGUUUUUUUCCCUCCCUAAGGCAGAAAAGAGAGGAGAAAAAAAAGAAGUGCCUAUAAUCUGAUGCUCUGUUCAGAUGAAUAGCCGUGUGCUUAUGACUAGAGAGAAUUUCAGAUAGGUCUUAAUUUCUGUGAUUUAAAGAAGAAAAAUAAUCAUGUCACUAGUAGUACAAGAAUAAUGGGCUGAAAGUGUGGAGAAAACAAAUCUUGUUAUACAGAGCACAUUACAUGUUACCUAUGGGCUGACAGCUUCAGGCAGCAUUGUGGCUUCUUGGUUACAAGAGGAAAUUGUAUUUAGUGCCAACCUCCAAAAGCUCUUAACUUGCGUCACAGUUCUAACACUAAAUUGUAGGUAUAAGUCUGAAGAGUUCUGGAUGUUCCUUGGCAUCACUUAAGCACAUCAACAACACAAAACCUGAGUAAUGUCGGCUGUGGGAAGGUAGCGGUAGGGGUGGGUAGUAUGUAUGUUUUAAGACCUCUGUUAUAUUCUGGAAAACACAAGCAUUAUCCUAACUGUCUACUUAGUCUUUAUAACAGAAUCUCCUGUUUGCUGGACUCCUAUCCCAAAUGACAUUAAAAGUGUUAUUUUCUACAGUUAUAAGAGAUAAAUUCAUUUUACUACACUUCUCAGUUUGCUUAGAUCUAACUCUACCUUAACCAGUACCUAUCCAUUGAGUUGCCCUCCUAUUGCCUCUACUGUUUUGUUUUCUCCUGCUGUACAAAACUUCAGAGCUUGUGCCCUGUGAGCACUGAUAAUUAAACGUGCUGCUAUUUUUAAAGGGAAAAAGAAAGAGGAAUAAUGUUCUGUAAUGUUCGAUUAAAAAGCUAAAAGUCCCUUGCAUUAAAUUGGUCCGAUGGAAAUUGAUACUGUUCGUGCUUUCUGAACUAACGAUUAUGUUGGUGAACGUAUACAGCAGUAUGUGAGAUGUACAAAUGUAUAAAUAUGUUGAUUUGUAAUAAAACUUCUUUUAAUUACA